AUGAUUCCGAGGACAUUGCGUGCUGCUCGGGCACUGCGAUUCGGCAGCUGUUCCGCGCCACGAGCAGCCAAUGUCACAGCCCAGCCCUGUCGAACCCUUUCCCAGGCCUCGAGCAUUACGCUAUCGGUCCAUCGCCUGAGAACACCAUGCGCUCUGCAGCCACGUGGGGUAGCAUUCUACUCGACAGCUUCACAGCCUGAUGCGACAACGCCUCCCUCGCAGCAACCGACCAGCAGACCCGAGAAGCCUGACUACUUGAACGAGGCCGAGACGGAAAUCUGGAACCGGCUCAUGGCCGAGUUCGAGCCUGUGGAGCUUGUCGUCCAGGAUAUAUCGGGCGGCUGCGGCUCCAUGUACGGAAUCGAGAUCAGUUCGGACAAGUUUCGCGGCUCCGGGAUGCUCAAACAGCAGCGCAUGGUGAACAAAGUCCUUGCCGACUUGAUGAAGGAUUGGCACGGAGUGCAGUUGAGGACAAGGGUACCCUGA